AUCUUUAGUGACCACAGUGAGUCAGGACACUUGUUUAACGUCCCAUCCGAAAGAUGGCACCCUACACGGGGCAUUGGGAUAUUUCUUUAGACAAGAGGAAAGAGUGUCUUGUACUGGCCCACCAACACCACCUCCAGCAGCAUCUGGUCUUCCAUCCAAAGAGCAGCUAGGACCAACCCUGCUGAGCUUCAGAGGCAAGCCAGCAGUGGGAUGCAGGGUGGUAUGCUGCUGGAAGAAAAAUGGGGAACAUCUGCCUUGAAGCAAUGAAAACCACAUGCUGGGCCAAAGCCAACACCCUUGAAGGGAGACACCUGGUGCAGCAGGAAGUCAGUCAAAUGGAGGAACAGAGAAGGGCCAAAGCAGUGAGGUUGGGAGCCUGGAGUCUCUUGGGAUGAGCUGUGGCAGAUGGAACCUGCCAGAAUCCAGUUCCCUUUAAGAUCUGUCUAUGAUGUGCUCCCAUCCCUCACUAAUUUACACAGGUGGGGCCUCACUGAAAACCCAAACACACCUCUCUGCAACAAACCUGGUACCAUGGAGAAUGUUUUAACAGUGCACUGUUGUCCUCUCCCUAGACAAAAUAAGAUGGAGGCAUGACCAAGUUUUGAGGGAAUUGGCCAUGAUCCUUGAGGAAUCAACAAAGGAAAAGUGCAAUCAUUCUCUAUGUGCUAUCGGUCAUUAAAGAGUAUCAGAACGGCACUGAAAAUCCUGAUCCACAUGUGUUCUCCUGAAGGUCAUAUUUAUCAGGCAUGGUUAACAGUAGUCUAUAACUAGUUUAUAUGACACCAUUUUUUUGUGAAUCUAAUUAAAUAUUCAGCUCAGGGUGUACCUACCAGAUCUAUAUCCCCGGUGCAUUGUACAAUUAUAUUGUACUGAUGUCCUGUGGUCCAAUUAGCUGUAGCAGAGUGUGUGUGUGUGUGUUGUGUUCCCUGAGCUCUGGUUAAUAAGAGCUAAACACUGGCCUGCAGGUCUGGAAGGAUGACUCAAUAGAACAGCACACCUGACGUGCCAUUCACACAGCAGAUCACACAGGGUUACACACAUGCAGUAUAGCCAUGUUGGCCAGAUAUAGUCAAUAAUCUGCUGGCAUAUUUGAACUGUAAAAGGGGACCAGAGCAUUUACUAAGUGUAUCUUUCAUAUUGCCUACAGUAACUUUUUUUUAAUAUGUGGCUGCUUUGAUAAAUGUCUCCUCAUUAUCUUUGAGAAGUUGCUUAGGUAGGCUGUUGAUCAUUUCAGACAGGGAUUUCUCUUUAGUCUUGACCCUCUAGGGGAUCAAUUAGAGGCAUGGACAUGAUGCCUCAGGGUUAAGAAUGUGUACUAUAAUGAUCAGCCCAAGGCCAUUCAAAGUGAAAAUUGUUAUCUUACUGUAACUGCAAUGUGAGUUCACCCAGUGUAAACAUAAUUUCUUCUAGAUUGAUCUUUUUCAAACUUUUUUUGUGCAUCUUUUACAUGCACUACAAUGAUAGCCCUACACCAAUUUUAAAGUGAUUGUUCCAUUUUCAGCUCAAAAUAUUCAGCUUAAAGUUCUGCCCCUUUUACCAAAUUUUUGCCUGAAAUGACAUACCCAUUAAUGACAAUAGUAUUAAUGUGCCCAAUUGGUUUAUUAAAUAACUUUUCAAGUUCAAAACUGUGCACUCUCCUCAAACAAUAGCAUGGUAUUAUUUCACUGUAAUAGCUACUGUAAAUUGGACAGUGCCGUUAGAUUAACAAGAAUUUAAGCUUUCUGCCAAUAUCAGAUGUGUCUAUGUCCUGGGAAAUGUUCUUAUUACGUGGAUGGAACACCGAUCCUGAAUUAAUAUAUUCAAAAGCCCUUGAUUGUCUUGUGCAUCAACUCAGUUCAUCUUCACUGCCUGCGGAACAUUUAAUCCUUAAAUAAGACAAUGGUGAACAAAGAGAGAAUAAUUGAAUAUAUCUUCUGAAAUUAUCCCUUUUCAAACAUCCACUGAUUAAUUAAGUGUUUAACCUUAGAUUAAUAAUAGCCUGGAUUCUGCUGCUUUAAUUUCCCUCUGUUUUCGUGACAAUAAAAUACAGUAUGCUUGACCUUUGAACAUGGUGGAUUAUUGACAGUAUUCCAAAACAAAGAUCCAGAACGUCUUAAAAGCCACUAGUGCCUUUGCAUAAAUAUUUUCAUCGAUGGAAAAUUGAUAAGAUCACUCCACGUCGCAGUCCCUUUCUUCUGAAAGUGUAGACUACAUAUCCUAGCUACCCCCCUCCAUUUAACAGCCCUCCAACUCUUUAUUGCUCUGCGCAUCCUAGCCAAGCGCGCGAGACCGAAAGCAAUUCAAGAUGAUGUCAAUGGAGAGGCGCACCCUCGUUCCGAAUCCAGAGAGAGAGAGAGAGAGAGCGCGCAGUGUAAGCGCACAGCUGCGUGUGGUGAAGUUUAGUAUACCUCAGAAAUCCUCGACUACUAAACUAGAUUUAAAAAAAAGAUUGGUGUGGGGGAAUAAACCUGUCUCACUUCGCACGCACCGCACCAACAUUGUCCAAUGACUGAAGCUUGCGCAUCUACUGAUGACCAUUACUUGAAAUUGUUUUGCACAAUGCGGUGUUGUAUUUAACGUUAUCCUUUGUUGUUGUUUUUAGUCCGCCUGCGCUCUUGGAUCUUUUUGGAGAUGUCUGAGUUUAACCACUCAAAUGUAUCAGGCGGAAACGCUCCGGACCCGGACUACAAGUGGACGUAUGAAUAUUACGACGAUGAUGAGCCUGUUUCGUUCGAGGGACUCAAAGCGCACAGAUAUUCCAUCGUGAUAGGCUUCUGGGUGGGCCUGGCUGUCUUUGUCAUCUUCAUGUUCUUUGUCCUGACGCUUCUCACCAAGACAGGAGCUCCACAUCCCGAAGGAGCUGAGCCCUGUAAGAAGCGUGUUCGUCUGACCAGCUGUGUGGAGGACCUCCGCCCCCCUGCAGACCCUAACAACCGGCCCUGCCUCCAUCGCCCCUUACUGGACUCCUCUCUCAGCCGCUCCCUCUUCCACUGCUACGUCAAUGAGGAACAGGCCCAGGAGGGGUCCAGGCCUAGAGCUGUGACACAAGUUUUGGGAGCACCCAGAGGAGGGCUUGUCCAGGGGCUGGGGCGAGGCAGGUCAGGCAGCCCAGAGGAGGGGGGGGUGGAAGUAGGUGUCGCCCGGCAAGGGGCUGCCAUGUUGGGGGGGAACCAGACUGACCACAGAGAGGCAAUGUCCCUGUCCCACUUCAACAUCCCUAACGUUGUGAACUCCGAGCACUGCUCCACCCUAGGGGCGGACGAUCUGCUGCUGGGGGAGCCGCCAAUCAUCAUGGAGGGGGAGUGUCAUUGGCCCCACAGUGCACAUCACAUGAUGGACUAAGGUCCUCUCUACUUCCUGGGGUGCCGCCAAUCAUCCCGGAGGGGUAGCGUCAUUCCCAUGGUGUCCUUCACACGAUUGACUGGGGCAACCGUCAAUCAUCCUAGAGGGGGAGUGUCAUCGGCCACUUAGUGCCCUUCAGAAGACGGACUGUCCUGCCCAUCACACAAUAGACUAGGGUCCUGCUUACUUCUCACACCCACUGCCGUUAGGACAUUAUAGAUAAUUAUGAGGACAUCACAGGACUCAUCAGCCUUAUAUAGAGAGAGUUGUGUCAAGGUCCUAAUCUAACAUUCUGUGUUGUGCCAGUCAUGUACAGUGCAAGCUCUCCUAAUUAGGCUGUGGUUCCAGCUUCCCACACCACCUCCACUGUGAGGACAUUCUGGAUUAUUAUGGAUCCUCCUACAGUAACUGUACCUCCUGACAUUUUCAUUCUGUUCAGAUUAGGUUCAGGCUAAAAUACUGUACAGUCCAAAUAUAUAAACAUUUAAAUGUUAAAUAUACAUAUGUGAUAUGAGCUACUUUUCUAAUCUUUAUGUCAACAAUGUUGCCUACGCAGAGCCAGAACUUGUGACGUCACAUCUCAACGCUAAACUGGAAGUCCAGCUUCAUCAAGUUGAUUCAAAUGUUUUUUAUUUAUUUAACAAGGCAAGUCAGUUAAGAACAAAUUUAAAUUUACACCAGGGCCAAAUCCUCCCCUAACCCGGAUAAUGCUGGGCCAAUUGUGCGCCACCCUAUAGGACCCCCGAUAACGGCCUGUUGUGAUACAUCCCAGAAUCGAACCUGGGUCUGUAGUGAUGCUGCGCCACUCGGUCACCCCGUAUAGUGGUGGAGGCCUUCCAGGAAUCAGUUUAGGGGAUGGAGACAAGAGACAACAGAAGAGGUAAGGGGAAUUUGAUACAACAACCAAAAUGUACCAGAAAGGCAAGACUCUUCUUUUGGGUUUUCAAUUCAACAGCAGUCGGAAUGUUGUCCUUGUUCAGUACUAAUUGUAGCACACCUGUUAAUCACUUACUUUUUAUAUACCAUGUGUUGCUCCUGUCAAUUCUUUACCUACAUGUCAUAUCAAGAUCUCAUCUGCCAAGUCUAUAGAAGGUUGUGACUAAUAAAACUAUUUCAACUCCA